GGCGUGCGGCUGCUGCUGUGCUGCAGUGUGCCGGUGGAGCUGGGGGCGGGGGCGGAGCUGACCACGAUUGAGGUUCCCCCGCUCCCCCCCGCCGCCGCCGCCAAGCUCGCCUGCCUGGUCUGUCCCGACCUGGCUGGGCCCCCCGCUGGUGGGGCGUCAGGAGGCGGCCGGCCCUCGGGUGUGACGCAGCUGCCGCCGCUGCUGACGGUGGGCCCCUCCCUCCGCUUCCCAGCGGCCACCGCAGCUGCCCUCACGGCCGCGGGUGCGGGGCAGGAUGUGGCGGGUGGUGGUGAGGGUGGCAGCAGCAGCAUCAGCAGCGGUGGAGUGGAGGGCGGUGGCGGUGGCAGCAGCGACGAGGCCUCCCGAGUGGCCCUGGCGGUGCGCUGCCUGCCGCUGGCGGUGCGGCUGGUGUGCGGGCUGCGGGCGGAGGGCCGGCUGUCGACAAAGGAUAUUGAGGCCCUGGGUGCACGUGCCUCCCGCGCCUCCCUCGCCUCCGCCCCGCUGGCCUCCGCGGGCUGGGAGGAGGUGACGGUGUCCGUCAUCGCCGCUUGCCUCUCCACGCUGCCCAUGCAGCAGCAGGUCGCUCUCCUGCAGCUCUCCGCCCUGCCCCCCGCCGGCGCUGGCCCCGACACCACCCUCGCCUCCCUCAACGCCACCACCCCCGCCGCCGCGGUCAUCGGCCGAGGCACCCUCACAGCGCUGCAGCGCCAGGGCCUCACAGCUCAGUCCAGCUUGCCGGGCCGUCGUACACAAACCGUCAUGCACUCGCUCGUACGAUCCGUCGUCGUGUCGGCGCUCGCGCCCGCACUCGACCUCGCCAUUCGCCCGGCGGCGGAAGAGCGAGUGGCGGCGGCGCUGCUGGCGGCGGUUGGCGGUUGGGGUCGCUCGUACGGCACUCGCGAGGGCGGCAGCAGUGUGCUGGCGGCGGCGCGAGCGGCGCAACCUGAGUUUGCGGAGUUGCUGGCGUUACUGACGCGCACGGCGCCGCGACUGACGACUGGUACGGCACCCUUCGGCGCUUCGUCGACCGGCGGCGCGCCGCCGUCGCCUGAGGCGUCGGCUGCGGCUGCGGCGGGUCAGCGGCUGCCGCUGGAGACGAUUGUGACGGCCGCCAAGGGCUUCAACGGGGAUGUGGCGGAGUUGCUGUCGGGUCUGGGUGCGCUGCCGGCCCUGGAGGCGGUGUGUGAGGCCAUGUCGGCGCCUGCGGUGGGCCUGGUAGCCAACCGCGCCUACAAGGUGGAGAUGGCCAACGUGUACCGAGUGCACGCGCUGGCGCUGGCGGCGCAGGGCAAGUACGAGGAGGCGCAGGCGCACGGCAACAUGUGCAUCCAGCUGCGCGCGGAGGCGGCGCGGCGCAACCCCAACAGCCCCGCCAUCGCCAGCGCCAACAUGUGUCUGGCGGCGGCGCUGGCGGGCAUGCGGUACUUUGAGAACGCGGAGGAGCUGCUGCGGCAGGCGGUGGACAUCUGCGUCGCGUCCCUGGGCGAGUCCAACCCGCACACCGCCUGGGCCCUGGCCGCCCUGGCUGCCGCCCUGGAGGCGCAGCCCACCAAGGCAACCCAGGCGGAGGCGCUCUACCGCCGCGCCCUGGACGCCCGCCUCGCCGUGCAGGGACCGCUCCACCCGCGAACCAUCGAGGCCACACUCGCCCUCGCCGCGUGCCUGCGCUCCGCCGGGCGCUACGCCGACGCGAAGCCCCUGUACGACACUGCUUCCGCCGCCUCCCACCGCGUGUUUGGGGAGUUCCAUGCGAAUACGGCGUUUGCUAUCGCCGGCGCCGCCACUUGCGCGGAUGCAAUGGCGGAGGCGGAGGCCGCCGCCGGCGGAGGCGCGACCGAGCUGGUCGCUGCCGUACAGCGUCAGGAGGCGGAUCACUCGCGCGCCGCCGCCAUCCUGUCGGCGCUGGCGGUGGACAACGCGGAGGCGGCCGCCGCGGCGUACGGCCGGGCUCGCAACCUGACGCUGCAGGGGCGGCAUGCGGGCGCCGAGCCGCUGUACCGGCGGGCGGUGGAGCUGUGCAGCAGGAACCUGCCGCGGGACCCGGAGGGUCGCGACCAGGCCACCACCAUUGCCAGCCUGCUAGCACUGGGCAGGUGCCUACUGGCGGCUGGGAAGCCGGGGGAGGCGCAGGGAGUGCUGGAGCGGGGGCUGACGGCCAAGGUCCGAGUGUUGGGCACCCAGGCGCACCCCGAGGCCGCCGCCAUCGCCCGCGACGUGGCGGCCGCCGCACUGGCCGCCCGCCGCUUCACCGCCGCGGAGCCGCUGUGCCGGCAGGCGCUAGCCAUGGCGCAGCACGGGGUGGGCAUGGAGUCGAGGGAGGCCGCCUUCGCGCUGUCCGAGUACGGCCGGUGCCUCACCCUGCAGGGUCGCCACACGGCCGCGGAGCCCAUCCUACGACAGGCGCUGGAAGUGCGGCAGACUUCGGACGGAGACGGCGCCGCCGCGACAGCUGCUGCGCGCAUAGCCCUGGCUGAGAACCUGGCUGCACAGCAGGAGGUGAAGGAGGCGGAGCAGCUUUUCCGGCAGGCGCGAGAGGAGCUUCGGAGGCUGCUGGUUGCAUGCGGGGAGGGCCGGGGCGGGGGUAGCGGCAAGGGUGGUGAGGAGUGGGGUGCACGGGAGUUGGAGUUGGCUGCAGCUGCUGCUGCUGCGGGUCUGGGCGGCGUGUUGGCAGGGGAGCGGAAGGGACCGGAGGCGGAGGAGAUGCUGAAGGAGGCGCUGGAGGCGAGGAGGCGGCUGCUGGGGCAGGACCACUCCGACACGCAGGCGGUGCUGUCCUCGCUCUCCUCCGCGCUCUCCGCCCUGGGUCAGCACACGCAGGCGGAGGAGCUGCUGCGGGCGGAGCUGGCCGCGGCGGAGCGGGCGGGGGGGCCCACGCACCCCAACACGGCAGCUGCCAUGAACGCGCUGGCCUCCUGCCUGCAUGCCCAAGGCCGUCACGCCGAGGCCGAGCCCCUCUUCAUGUCCGCCCGCAACGUGUGCACCACUCAGCUGGGCGCCGAGCACCCCAACACGCUGGCGGUGGGCGCCAACCUGGCGGCGUGUCUGGGGGCGCAGGGGCGACACGCGGAGGCGCUGCCGCUGCUGGAGGCGCAGAUCGAGGCCACCAAGCGGGUGCAGGGCGAGGAGCACCCGGACGUGGCGGCAUCGCUCAACCACCUCGCCUCGACCCUGCAGACCCUGGGCCGCCUAGAGGAGGCGGAGCGGGCGGCCCGGCGGGCGGUUGCGCUGUACGGCGCCGCGCUGGGCUCGGGGCACCCCAACAGCGCCCUGGCGGCCAACACGCUGGCGCUGGUGCUGCUGGCGCCCGCGGGGCCCGCGGGGGUGGUGGCGCCGGGGCGGGUGGCUGAGGCGCAGACGCUGCUGGAGGAGGCGCUCAAGACCUGCACCUCCCGCCUGGGUCCGCAGCACCCCUGGACGCAGUCUACCAAGAGGAACCUGGAUGCGGCAUGCGCAGCAGCGGGCAAGAGGUAGCCGUGCCGGGUUCUGGAGGAGGCGGACUGGUGGAAGAGCGGGGCCGGGUUGUAUUAAGAGAACUGACCGCGAGUCGGUAUGCCAGUUGGGUGUGCAUGGCUGUUUGGGCAUGGCGGUUGUAAGUUAGGUUUCGCGGAUUGGAGUGACUACGAUAUAUAAAAAGGUUUGGCUGCUGUUGAGCCGUAUAUGAGGUGAUGUGACGUUUUAGUGUUGGGGUGACGGAAGGUGGUGACCCGUGGGUCAGCACUGGCUACAGGGAAUGCCGUCAGUGCUGGGUCUUGCACUGCGUCAGACUAAAAAAGCUAUACGGCGUUGGAUAUCCCGUAUUCCUGGUAUAGCGCCGAACAUAGUGUACCACUGAAGCACCGCCGAGGCCGUUAAGUGUCAUGCAUGGCCCCGCUAUUCAUCCUUUGUGCGGCUUGCUUCAUGCAUGCAUGUCUAUGUUAACCCAAAUGGGCCGAAAUGGCCGCAAGACUGAUUCGAAUUAUGGGUGUUGUAGAAUGUUGUAGAAGGCGCUGCAACGUGUGCGUGUAUUCUGGGUCAGCACUGUGCCAAUGAAGGGGAGCUUGCGACCUAACAAGUUUUCCAAGGGAGACCUGCCAUGGGAGACCUGCCCCGAAAGGGGCAUGCGCACACACCAUUGCUAACGUAAAACGCGAAAGCUCCCCCUUCUGACCCGUUGUUGUCAUGUGCCCGUGGCAGCCGCCUUACGGAGCUCAGCCAUGCCUUGGCGCCUGGUUUUGGUGUGCAGCGGAGACCGUACCUGUUGUGGGAAGUGCAAGUGCUGCUGUGUGACGUUUGCCUAAUGGGGGCUUUGCACGCGUUUAUGUGAUGGAUGUGUGCAUGAUGCAUAAACAUUAACGGGCGAUAUGUAUGAUAGUUGAUGGGGUGGGAGUGGAGUAGGCGCGGUGAGGACAUGUAUCAAGUAGCCAAUCGUGUGAUAGGCUUGUGGGAAGUGCUGGGUGUAUGGGGGUUGGUGGGCCUUGGCCUCCUCGUGCCUAUGGAGAGUGCCGCGCAGUGGGUCACGAGGGAGCGGCCGUGCGUGGGAUACUAGGAUGCGUCACCAAGUGCAACGUAAAUGGCGAUUAAGUUGUAACACGAGGUGCUUGGA